AUGCGCCCCGGAACUCUUUCUCUCCUCGCGGCCUGUGCCCUUGGUGUCGUCGCUUCCCAGGAAUCCGACAACAGUGUUGUGGAACAACCAGAAGUCACCAAUGUCGAACGCCCGCGCUUCUACUUCCCUCGCGAGGUGAAGCGUAACAUCAAGAAUAUCACACACAAGUCCGAGGACUCGACCGAUGGAGGAAUCUUGAACAGUGUCAACGAGCUCCUCUCCAAGGUGGCUGGUGGUACUUCCGACACCACCACUUCCGAGACUGCGACUGCGACCCCCACCCAGUCUGGCAAGGAGGUCGUUGUCGUGAUCACUGAGAACCCCGAUGGAACCCGUGUUACCAGCACCAUCACCCGUGAUGUCGCCGCUCCGACCACCACCACCGCGUCCACCGUGACCACCAAGAGCGAGACUCCUGUCGUUAACUCCAAUGCCAGCAACACGGCCUCCGACACCAAGAGCACCGACUCUAAGGAUUCUACCGCAGCCUCCAGUGCCAACACCGAGUCUGCCACUGCUACUAAGUCCGCCUCGGCGACUGCUACCACUUCCAGCUCCGGUAUCCUUGGAGAUGUCGUUUCUGACGCUGUUGGUGGCGUCAACUCUGUUGUUAGCAAUGUCGGCUCUGGAGUGAAAACCGUUGUUGAUGGUGUCGUUGGUUCCACCACGACCUCUUCUUCCGCAGCUUCUGCUACUGGUGCUGCUACUAAUGGCACUUCCUCGGCCCUCAAGAGCGCGGAUGGGACGUCCUCUGCUGCCACUACCACUGCCUCGGAUAACUGGAUGCAGAGCUGGAUUGAUAGCAUCGGCGGUACUACUACCUCCCCCACGACUCUCCCCGUCAGUGUCCCUGCCUCCACCACUGCCUCCCCAACUACCUCCGCUACGGGCUCUGCCACUUCCGGUGGUGAUUUUCUCGCAUCUCUUGUCAGCCCUGUCGCCUCUGGCAUCACCGGUAUCCUCAAUGGUGGUGGCAAUGGAACAAACUCUACCGACAGCCUUACCACUGGCCUUCCCGCCGUCCCCAGUCCCUCCGGUGCUCUCAUCCCUCACCCUCCCUCCGCUGUUCCCAGCGGUAGUGUGGUUCCCACUGGCACCGGUGGCACUGGCAGCGGCAGCAACACUCCUGGUGUAUCUAACUCGAUGGGCCCUGUUCCCACUCCUCACCAGCCUGUCACCGGUACCGACACUAGCUCUGGUACCGACUCUGGAAAGGCUACUGGCUCUGUCUCGGGUGUUCCUACUCCCACUGGCGCCACUCACGAGACUAACUCUGUCGUGCCUACUUCCACCGCUAUUCCCACGCCUGCCACUGAGACCACCUCCACCGAGACUGUUCAGCCCAAGCCCAAGCCCACUGAGGUCUCAAGUGAGUCCGAGACUAGCAACUGGAUGCCGUCCACCAUUCUUGUUCAGCCUACCGCCGUUCCUUCUGAGACCAGCACCCACACUGGUACCAACACUCAGCAGACCAGCGGCCCGACUUCGCUCCCUGGCUCCAUUACCCCAUCCAACGCUGGCUCUGAGGCUCCUGCGGAUGCAAUUUUGCUCCAGCUUGGAUUUGAUAGCCACCUGCCCUGGUCUUUCGUUGCCACCACCCCGCUCUCUUCGUCUCAGAUCUUCGAGUACAUUCCCCAGGCUGUGAAGAGCGCUCUUUCCGGUGCCGAUAGCAUGUCCAUGUUCGCCCUGGAGCCUUACUACUCCUGGAAGACCACUGGCUACAAUGCCACGCUCGCUAUCUUCUAUUUCCCCCGCAGCAAGGUCGAUGCCCUGAAGAGCCUGAAGCUCAACCCUAACUCUGCUCUGUACGAACAGCAGAGCGAGGCCGCCAAGACCAUCAUGGGUAUGAUCGACCCUUCCAUCCCGCUCGAGUUCAACGGUAACUUCCCCACUGGCGACUCCGAUUCGACCUCUGGCUUCAACGGCAACAACGACGAUGACAACGGCAACAGCAACAGCGGAGACAACAACGGCGAUGCUGGAUCUUCCAGCAGUUCCAAGGCCAAGGCCAGCUCCGUCGGCAUUGGUGUCGGUGUCUGCGCUGGUGCCGCCGCCUACGGUGCUGGUAUGUUCUGGGUUGCCCGCCGCUACCGCAAGAGAAAGCAGCUGCACCAGCGUUCCAGCUCCACUGCCGAGCAGAUGAGCCAGGGCUCCGGCGCUGGCUCCCUAUUCGCUGCUGGUGCUCGCAUGUCUGGUAGCCAGCGCACCGGCCGCUCCCAGAUGAUUAGUGCGCCCGUCAUGGCCGAGAACUCUCUGGGCUGGAACUAG